UUCUUUUCAGAUAUCUUUUGGUGAAAUGAUUCUCUGCGAUAAUGAUUUGUGUCCCAUUGAAUGGUUCCAUUUUUCUUGUGUAUCAUUGGUUCUAAAACCUAAAGGUAAAUGGUAUUGUCCGAAUUGUCGUGGUGAUCGUCCGAAUGUUAUGAAACCGAAGGCUCAAUUUCUUAAAGAACUCGAACGUUAUAAUAAAGAAAAAGAAGAAAAGACGUAAAUAUGAUGGAAAAGUUAGCUUAAGAUCUCUCUAACCAAACACA